ACUCCUAACCUAAAUCUUUUAUCUUUCAAUCUUUCUUCAAUGACAUUUGUUCCAUUUGUUAAACAGCAUUUUGUUAACAAUUUUAAAAAAUAAUUAAAUUAUUAUUUAUUAGUGUUGGUGAAUUGUUGAUAUUUCAAGUUUUUGAAGCAUAAAUUAAAAUCCAAAAUGAGUGUCAUAGAUGAUGAAACAAGAAUUUUUCAAAAUUCUAUCAGGUACUUGCACAACAUCUCAACAUUACCAGAAACAAAUGUACCAACUUUAAGAUCCUUUAUUUGUCUCAAAAGAAGAUUGAUGGAACUACGCAGGAGUUCCUUUCUCCCAACAAGUGCUACAAAACCAAGUAUGCAUUGUCAAAAGUGUUUUUUGAAUUACUUUGAGGGGCCUGCAACAUAUAAUGUUAUUUCUAAGCCAACUAGAUACACCUUUGAGGACAAAGUAAAAGCAAAGCAGAAGAAUGGCUUACCUCUUACAAGAUAUCAAGAAAAGUAUCUCAAAAGAAUGAAGAAGUUUACUGGAAAUAUUUUGGUCACUAAAUGUAAAUUCUGUAAUCAUGAAAACCAAACAAAAUUGGAUAAACCAAGGCGUAAACCAAUACCCAAGAUAUCACUAAUAUCCAGUCCAUUAAUAAAGAAGAAAAAGAAGAACAAAAGAGAUAAAUUCUGUGGAUUGAAUCAAAGUAUUGUUGCUUCAGUUUCACUAAAUAACAGCUAUGUUAUUGACAAAACACCAGAUUGGUCUAAAACUUUUAUCCCAUUAGGAAACAGUAUUAACAAUAAUACUAGCAUGGCAACAAAGAAGAAAAAUAAGAACAAAAGAGACAAAUUGUAUGGAUUGAAUCAAAGUGUUUUUGCAUCGAGUUCACUAAAUAACAACCAUGGUAAUCAUGUCAACCAGAGCCCACCAGAUUUAUCCAAAACUUUUAUUCCAUUGACAAACAGUAAUAAAAAUAAUACUGGAAACUAUAUGGUAGCCAGCACUAGAAUUCAAUUGAAGGGUAUUUCUAGUAAAUAUCGCCCAAACAAAAAGAAGAAGAAAAAUUGUAAAGACCCUAAAACACCUGAGAUCAAGAAAGAGACCAAGUCUGAGACCAAGAUUUCUGCUCCUUUGAAUAAUGGUCAUAGUAAUUCGAAACUGAACAGAUUAUCAAAUAAAUCUAACAAAUUGAACACUACUUUAAUUGAUCUCACACAAUCGCCAUUUUCAAAAAAGUCAAUCAAACCCGAAGUUAUAGAUUUGGAUUCAGAUGAGUCUUUUCAGGAAUUACGCCCAAAGAUAAAAAUAAAAAAGGAAAAGAUACCGGUCCAAACUUCUACUCCUUUGCAGACACCUAUUCAUAAAAAGAACAGCGAGAAAUAUCUAAGUAAGUUAAAUGAGAUAUUUAAGAGUUCAGGAAAGAAGAAUUCAGCUUCAACAAAUUUAAUGCAUUUUUUGCAAGGCUUGUAGGAAGUUCUUUAAAGUAUUAAUUGUAAAAUAAUGUCAUUAUUGUGAUAAUUUGUUAUAUUACAGUUUAUUUUUGGCAG